AUGGCUUCAUCAAGUGGGACAUCAUUAGGUUCAGGUUCAUAUACAUUUCAGAACUCAGGCUCAGAAGAAGAUGUUCGACGGUUAAUGGAUCAGAGGAAAAGGAAGAGGAUGAUAUCGAACCGCGAAUCGGCUCGAAGAUCAAGAAUGAGGAAACAAAAACAUUUGGAUGAUCUUAUGUCCCAAUUAGCCCAUCAUAGGAAAGAAAAUAACCAAAUCUUGACCACUAUGAAUGUCACAACCCAACAUUACCUCAAUGUUGAAGCUGAAAACUCAAUCUUGAGAGCUCAAGUGGUUGAACUUAGCAAUAGAUUUCAGUCCUUAACACAAAUCAUCAGUUUCUUCAUUGCCAACAACAGUGGCAAUACUCAAAUUGAGUAUAUGGCUGAUGGUUUUCUUAUGAAUGAUUCUUGGAAUUAUCUCUACUCUAAUCAGCCAAUUAUCACUGCAGACAUCUUGCAAUAUUAA